UCAUUUAGCAAACUGAAAACAACCAAACCCGAGUUUUCACUUUCUUCAAAGUACCAUUUUUUCUGUCUUUGUAUGAUAGAUAGAGAGAAGGAGACGUGUGAUUUUGAUAUAUUUGGUUGAAAGAAUCAUCAAGAAACGAUUUUUAUGAAUUAAAGUUUGGAUUUUUGAAGUGGGGUUUGUGUUAAAUUCGUUUCUUGAUUAAUUUUUUGGAAUUUUUUAAGGACUGGACCCAUAACCCAUUUCUGUCUGUUGAUAAAGGAAAAGAAAUAAAGGGGAAAGAAGAGUUUUUGGAGAUCAUUUAAGGAAUUGUUGGAAUAUUUUCAUGCCAUUGGUAUGUGAUUCUUGAAUCAUGUGUUAGCUGUGAUCUGUUUAUUUAAUCAUUGGAACUUUGUGAUUUGGAUUUGAUUUCUUGUUUAGUUGAUUCAUUUGACAGGGCUGCAAUGGCGGGCAAAAACUCAGGGGAUAAUAGGACUAGGACUUCUGUAUCAAUAUUUAUAAUAGCUGGUCUAUGCUGCUUCUUCUAUUUACUUGGAGCAUGGCAAAGAAGUGGUUUUGGGAAAGGAGAUAGUAUAGCAGUGGCUGUCACCAAGACUGCUGGUGAGAAUUGCGAUAUACUACCAAAUCUCAAUUUUGAAACUCGUCACGCUGGCGAAGCAGGCGGUACUGAUGAGUCAGAAGAAGUCGAGGAACUCAAACCAUGUGAUCCUCAGUACACUGAUUAUACACCAUGUCAAGAUCAAAAGCGUGCUAUGACUUUCCCAAGGGAAAAUAUGAACUACCGAGAAAGGCAUUGUCCACCUCAAGAAGAGAAGUUACAUUGCCUUAUUCCAGCACCUAAGGGAUAUGUUACCCCAUUUCCGUGGCCAAAAAGUCGGGAUUAUGUUCCCUAUGCCAAUGCUCCAUAUAAGAGCUUGACUGUUGAGAAGGCCAUUCAGAACUGGGUUCAAUAUGAGGGUAACGUGUUUAGAUUCCCAGGAGGAGGGACACAAUUCCCUCAAGGAGCAGAUAAGUAUAUUGAUCAGCUUGCUUCAGUUGUCCCAAUCGAAAAUGGGACAGUUCGGACUGCUUUGGACACUGGUUGUGGGGUUGCAAGUUGGGGUGCUUAUCUUUGGAAAAGAAAUGUCAUAGCAAUGUCAUUUGCCCCAAGAGACUCACAUGAAGCUCAGGUUCAGUUUGCUCUGGAAAGGGGUGUGCCUGCUGUUAUUGGUGUACUAGGAACAAUCAAAAUGCCAUAUCCAUCUAAAGCCUUUGAUAUGGCCCAUUGUUCUCGUUGUCUAAUCCCAUGGGGAGCUGCUGAUGGAAUCCUCAUGAUGGAAGUUGACCGAGUUCUUAGACCUGGAGGCUACUGGGUGCUUUCUGGACCUCCUAUCAACUGGAAGGUCAAUUUUAAGGCCUGGCAACGCCCCAAGGAGGAUCUUGAGGAAGAACAAAGGAAGAUUGAAGAGGCUGCUAAACUUCUUUGCUGGGAGAAGAUAUCUGAGAAGGGAGAGACUGCUAUUUGGCAGAAAAGAAAGGAUAGUGCCUCGUGCCGUUCUGCACAAGAAAAUUCUGCAGCCAGAGUUUGUAAACCUUCUGAUCCAGAUAGUGUCUGGUACAACAAAAUGGAAAUGUGCAUAACACCAAACAAUGGUAAUGGUGGAGACGAGAGUCUAAAGCCAUUCCCUGAGAGACUUUAUGCUGUUCCUCCAAGAAUUGCCAAUGGAUUAGUUUCUGGAGUGUCUGUUGCGAAAUAUCAAGAAGACAGCAAGAAAUGGAAGAAACACGUAAGUGCUUAUAAGAAGAUCAACAAACUCCUGGACACUGGAAGGUACCGCAACAUUAUGGACAUGAAUGCUGGGCUAGGAGGUUUUGCAGCAGCUCUUCACUCUCCCAAGUUUUGGGUUAUGAAUGUGAUGCCAACAAUAGCUGAGAAGAAUACUUUGGGAGUUGUAUUUGAACGGGGACUGAUUGGUAUCUAUCAUGACUGGUGUGAAGCAUUUUCUACAUACCCAAGGACAUAUGAUCUCAUUCAUGCUAGUGGCCUUUACAGUUUAUAUAAGGAUAAGUGUGAAUUUGAAGACAUUCUCUUAGAGAUGGACCGUAUUUUGCGUCCAGAAGGAGCUGUUAUUCUUAGAGACAAUGUGGAUGUACUGAUCAAGGUGAAGAAGAUAAUAGGAGGCAUGAGGUGGAACUUCAAAUUGAUGGAUCAUGAGGACGGUCCCCUUGUUCCUGAGAAAAUACUGGUUGCUGUCAAACAAUAUUGGACUCUGGGUGAUACCAACUCCACAUCCUCGCAAUGAGAUGCCACCGAAGAUGUUGUCUGACCAUUUGAACUCGUAUGAAUCAGGAAGACCAACAUCUUAUGAAUACAAAGUCCAUGGUUAUGCAAGACAUUCCACCACUAUAAAUUUUGAUCGAGCAGGGUCCCUUGAGAGGAGACUCCACGGCAUAUCUUUAGUCUUGAUGGAUCCAUAAAUUAUACCAGAUGAUUUAGCGUUUACAACUGUCUUCAUUUUCUUCUCUGUUCCAUGUCUCGUUAGAUAAUGACUCUAAAAACUGAGCAACAUGGGAUUAUUAUGAAGCUUUUUGAAAGUCCUGAGAACAUUUCUUCCCUCGAUAUAUACUCUGUAAUGUGUUGUUCAAUUAAAGUGGAAUCUUGAUCUAGUUGAUUUCUGAUAUGAUAUCUUGAUUCA